GGUGGAUACAAGUUUACCAACCGGAGCUCCAGAAGCACUGGUCUGCAACUUCUUCUUACACGUUAUCAAUGGCUUUUUCUUCAUCACGUUCCUUGUUGAAACAUGUAAUUAUUAGCUUUCUAUUUAGCAUAACAAUCAUCAUCUCACAUGUCAAUGGAUGCUUCACAUCAAUCUUCAGCUUUGGUGAUUCUUUAGCUGAUACAGGGAACUUACUUCAACUUGCACUUUCACAAUCCAGCAAGCUUGCCCACUCUGAUUUUCCCCCUUAUGGACGGACCUUUUUUGGUUAUCCAACUGGGAGAUGCUCCGAUGGCCGCCUGGUUAUUGAUUUCAUUGCUGAAGGUUUUGGACUCCCAUUUUUACCACCAUAUUUUGGAGAUGAAAAUGGAAGACCAAAAAAGUUUGAGAAAGGUGUGAAUUUUGCUGUGGUGGGUGCUACAGCACUUGAUGAUGUGUUUUUCAAGGACAGAGGAAUCAAGAAUCCAUCUACAAACGUUUCUUUGGGAGUUGAGUUGGGUUUUUUCAAAGAUGCUUUGUCGUAUCUUUGCUCAUCUUCUUCAGAUUGCAAAGAGCUCCUCCGGAACUCCUUGAUUGUCAUGGGAGAGAUUGGAGGAAAUGAUUACAACCAUGCAUUCCUGCAAGGAAUAAACCCUGAGGAGAUUCGAGAGUUUGUUCCUCUUGUUGCUCAGACCAUAGCUUCAGCAAUAAAUGAGUUAAUCGAGUUAGGGGCAGUCACAUUUUUGGUCCCUGGAAACCUUCCAAUCGGAUGCUCCCCAGCAUAUCUAACUUAUUUUCAAGGUUCAGAUAAGACAGAAUAUGAUCCCUUAACUGGUUGUAUAACAUGGCUGAACCACUUCUCCCAAUACCACAACGAAUUUCUUCAGAAAAAACUUGAUCAAAUCCGGAAGCUUCAUCCACAUGUCAACAUCAUUUAUGCAGACUAUUAUAACAUUGCAAUGCGUUUUUACCAUUCCCACGACCAAUUUGGGUUUACAAAAACUAUAACAGCAUGUUGUGGAGCAGGAGGUGAGUACAAUUACAGUUCAUCGAUGGCUUGUGGCGAUCCUCCUCUAAGAACCAGCUGCAAUGACCCCCCUUCUUAUGUUAGCUGGGAUGGUGUGCAUUAUACUGAAACAUCCUAUAGAUGGAUCUCCCAGGCUGUUUUAGAAGAAUUAUACAACAAUCCUUACAUAAAUAGCUUGUGUCUUCCAUUGACAGUGACUUGGCAUGCUCAUUAAUGGCUGAGAGAUAUUGAAGGGUUGAUUUAAUGAUUGGGCAUUUCUUUUAUGUUUCUUUCUUGGAUUAUCAUAUACCAAUUUAGAUGAAGAAAAUCCCAUUUGGAAUUAGAAAUAAAGUUGAGUUAUAUUUCGUUUGAUAUUGGAUUAUU